AAAAAAAAAAAAAGAAAGAAAGAAAGAAAACAGAAAUGGAAAGAACACACAUUUCUUUCUGCUCACAUCAUGCAAGGAAGAAAAGGGUGUAAGUGUGUAUAUGUGUUGAUGAACUCAUUCUUUAAUUUACCUUUUAAUUUCCUUCCAUUCCUCUUUUUAUAAAUCAAGUGUCUUUUCUGGAGUGGGUCCAUGUAUGAACUAUUUCAGGCAAGCUGUGUUAAGCAAAUAUACAUCAUCAGAGUAUGGAAAUAGGAAGUUCUUUCCUGUGGUAGUUUGCUGUGGCAAUAAGAGAUAAGAAAUUACUUCAUCACUAUUGCCUGAGACUUUCCUUUUGACUCGUGCAUCCUUUUGAACAGCUCACUUCUGCUUUCCACCCAGCUUGGAGGCUCUGCAGUGUGAGCUGAUAAUUGAAGUACAGGUUAACAAUUUGCAAGUCAAAGGCAACAGAACUGGACCAAGAAAGUUCAUAACCUUUUGCUUUUGUUUCUACUAAGAUGACAUCAUACAUGGCUAUUGAUGGCAGUGCUCUUCAGGUUCCCUUGCGUCAGAAGCCGAGGAGGAAAACUCAAGGUUUUCUCACGAUGAGUCGGAGGAGGAUAUCGUGUAAAGAUCUGGGCCAUGCUGACUGCCAAGGGUGGCUGUAUAAGAAAAAGGAAAAGGGAAGUUUCCUAAGCAACAAAUGGAAAAAGUUCUGGGUGAUACUGAAGGGGUCGUCACUGUACUGGUAUAGCAAUCAAAUGGCAGAGAAAGCUGAUGGAUUUGUCAACCUGCCUGAUUUCACUGUGGAAAGAGCAUCCGAAUGCAAGAAAAAGCAUGCUUUUAAGAUCAGCCAUCCACAGAUCAAGACCUUUUAUUUUGCAGCUGAGAAUGUGCAGGAAAUGAACAUGUGGUUAAAUAAACUUGGAUUGGCUGUAAUCCAUCAGGAAUCCACUACAAAGGAUGAAGAAUGUUACAGUGAAAGUGAACAGGAAGAUCCUGAAAUAGCUGCGGAGACACCACCCCCUCCUCACGCUUCCCAGACUCAGUCUUUGGCUGCACAGCAGGCAUCUUCAUCCUCACCCAGCCUGAGUGGAACAUCAUCUUCUUUCUCUUCCCUGGAAAAUACAGUGAAGACACCCAGCAGUUUUCCUUCCUCCUUAUCUAAAGAGAGACAAUCCUUGCCUGACACAGUUAACAGUUUGUCUGCUGCUGAAGAUGAGGGACAACCAAUAACGUUUGCUGUGCAAGUUCAUUCACCUGUACCCUCAGAGGCAGGCAGCCACAAGGCCCGGGAAAACAGCUUUGUCACAUCAGAAAGUGGAUUUUUGAACUCUUUAUCUAGUGAUGAUACUUCUUCAUUGAGUAGCAAUCAUGACCAUCUUAUUGUCCCAGAUAAGCCUGCUGGAUCAAAGAUCAUGGACAAAGAAGAGACAAAAGUGUCUGAAGAUGAUGAAAUGGAGAAGCUGUACAAAUCGUUAGAGCAAGCUAGUCUAUCUCCUCUUGGGGACCGACGACCUUCGACUAAAAAGGAGUUGCGAAAAUCCUUUGUUAAGCGGUGUAAAAAUCCAUCUAUAAACGAGAAACUCCACAAAAUCCGAACAUUGAAUAGCACAUUAAAGUGUAAAGAACAUGAUCUGGCCAUGAUUAACCAGUUGCUGGAUGACCCGAAGCUGACAGCCAGGAAAUACAGAGAGUGGAAAGUCAUGAACACCCUGCUGAUCCAGGACAUCUAUCAGCAGCAGCGGGCUUCACCUACCCCUGAUGACACUGAUGACACCCCUCAGGAACUCAAGAAAUCACCUUCUUCUCCCUCUGUUGAAAAUUCCAUUUGAGACAAAGUGAGGGUUUUCUCGUCUUACAUUUUAUCACAAGCAACUCUUCAAGGUGUUGCAAAAGCUUACAUUUUUCCUUAAAACGAAAACUGAAACCCAGUCCUUCAAGCAUCAGCUUCCCAUCUAAAGAUGCACGUUAGAUGAAGAUAAUCACCGAAUACACCAGGGCUCCUCAUUUCAGUCAUAACGCAUCCAUUGAGAUUGGAAUGAUUGAGUUCACUUGAAAGGUGUUUUUUGUUUUCCUACUGGGAGCUCACGGUGAUGUGGGGUUCUAGGGGGGAUGUGAGAAAUGUCUCUUCUGUUCCUUGCUUUCCAGAGAAUGCUAUGGACAAACAUCAAAUUUUACCAGGAGUAAUUGUCCAUGGAAACAUUCUGUUUUUCAAAAGAAGAAUGUACAUAUUCCACUUGGCUGGGAAGCUGUGUGGCCCAAAUCACUGUUUGAGUGGAGGAAUGUUUUCUAGAGCAGUGACUGGAAGGACAAACGUGGUGUUGCAGAACAAAAAUUCCUUGCCUUUGGUAUGGAAUGGUGGUGCCUUUUCCACGUGUUGAGAAGUAUUUCAUAGACAGUGGCGCGUGGGAGAGCUGAAGGAGGAGGCGUGUUCCAUAUUCCACUCAUUCAAAGGACAGCUUGGUGUUUUCACACUUUAUGCGGGUUAGGGGAUCUGAUUAAUGUUUCCUUUCCUUACAACAGCUAGAGAAAACAUCUCAUCACAAUUGGAGACCUCUACUCCCUUCGAGCUUUCCUACUCAAUGGUAGGAGACAGUAAUAUGCUCAGCAAAGAAUGUCUACUGCUCUUGUCCUUGGCUGUGAUCCCUAUACAUAGUGUGAAUUUAUAUCCAGAUUUCCCAGGAUCAGUAUUGACAAGAUGACUUUGGCAUCUGAAUUGUUUUAAUAUCUUUACUCAAAAAAACAAAAAACAAAAACAAAAACCCACGGAAACAACAAAAGAGUUAAACAUGAUGGUUUUAUUUUUGUAUGUUUAUAUGUCACUUGUGUGCUAUGUGAAUAGCUAUGUUUGUUAUUUAAAUAUAUUUAUAGAAGUUCAAAUUACUAGUGUUUUAAAAGAUGAUAUACUAUUAUAUAUUGUGCUUAGUAUAUAUUUGAUGAGUCUAUGCUUUUUGCUUGAGAAAAAUAGAAAUACUAUUGAUUCACUGGUGUUAUGAUAUUGCACUAUGUCUGAGGAAUGCUCAGGAAAUCUUGCGGGAAAAAAAAUGGGGCAUGCAUUCAUAACUUUUCUUUUUCUUCCCCACCCCAACCCCCAUGAGCUCUUAGAUUUCUAUCUCUUGUAAGUCACUCUUUUAACCAGAAAAGGACUUCCAUCUUAGAUUAUCCUUUCUAUUAAAUAAACUUUAAGCUUUGUGCCAUUUAUGCCUGCAAACCUUAGACCAAAGGCAACACAACUAAUGUCAUCUUUUCACUAAAGACUAAUAGAAAUGUAGAAAUCAUUGUGUUAAAGAGAGCUCAUAGAGAAAUAAUAUGAAAGUCUUCCCUUACUAAUCACCAUGAAUAUUUCUCACCAUAGGAUUAACCACAACCCACCAAGUACCCAUGUUGGCCCUGCCUACCCCUAACAAAUUGUUGACACAACCUAUUUUGUUUUAUAGCUUCAAAGUGUGGCUUGACAUUCAAAUGGAAGGAACCACCUGAAUUAUAUCUGCAAACAAAAUGGAAAUAGUUGUUGAAUAGUUCCCCAAGCUUUACUAAGAAGGCUUAAUACUCUGUAAACAAACAAACAAAAAACAACCUUAGCAUUAAGAAAUAAAAAACAAGAAGCAAGUUGUACUGCUAGAAACUUCUCUAAGAUAAGAGGCCAGGCCAAUCAGUUUGUCCCAGCAAACAUGUGGGUACUUCUCCACCUAGGGAAGCCACUGAAGAAGAGUUUGACCUGUGGUGACCUGACAGAGGGAACAUUCAGAUCCUCAGAUUGCACCCUGAUGCCCUGGUUUGGGAGAGCAGUGCUUUAACCUUUUGGCCCUGGAAAUUACUGAUUCUUUCUGUGAUUAGCAGAUACUAGAAGGGAAAUUAUUUAGGAUUGGCAAUGUAAAGAGUAUUGAAGGAACAACAAACAACAAUAGCAGAAAUAACAGUGUGACACAAAGUGCCCUUCCACCUAUUUUUCUUUGGUUUGCAACACCAACCUGUAGACUUCCAGUUUUUCUUAAAUUGAAGAGCUCCAGACACUUUUGAGCAGGGUUUGUGAAUACCUUUGAAUGCUUUCCUUUGGCUUUUCAUGAAGACGUAUUUCCCCAACCUUUCAAUUGUAAACUCCUUUAGUACCAUUCAAACUUAAAGGCAAAAAAGAUCCCUGAGAUUACUUAGCCAAGGCUUAAAGUCAUUUUUCAAAGUCAAGAACAUUAGCCUAGAAGUUUUUGCUUUGCUAGUUAAAGCUUACUUUGCAGAGCUUCCCAAAGUGAAAGUGAAACUGAACUUCACAAUUUUGCACCUGACUUUCUGGAGCCCCAUUGUCUGCUCAUUCGUGUUUUCCCCCCUGUGAAUUCUUUUGCUUUUGACCAGGUUGUGCUAGAAAGUAGGGCUGCUUCUGUGAGUUCUCAGCCUAGGCUGUGGCCACUAAGACAUGGGUGGGGGAUAGACAGGAGUGAGAGGGACAGUGGGUGACACUUUCCAUGACACUCAGUGUAGGAAGACAUGGGCUUCUCUCUCUUGGCCUCAAGCCCCUUUUCUGGUCCAAAGAAUAUUGGGAAAACUGGAUUACUUUCAGUAUAUUUCUUGAGACCGGAUCAUCUCUGAAAUGCAUUUGGGGUAGUUUCAUGGGGUCCAAGGGCCAACUCCUAUACCCAGUCCUACAGUGUCUGUGAGCUGUGGAAUGAGAGAGAAAACCAUGGCUGCUCAGGAAGGAAGUGGAGAAUCUCUCAGCACACGUAGACCCAAAUCUGUGGCACCUGCUAAAGAUUAGGAUUUGGAGAGGACUCCUCUUUGGGGUUGUGAAGAGGACCUUUUCCCUCUAUUGUUAGCCUGUAGAUCCAGAACGGAGCCUGAUGUGAUGCCUUCACUGGUUGAUAUAUUGCAAAUAGACACGCUGAGCCCUGCAUUGCAAGGGCCUCUGUUGCUUUAAAGAAUUCUUAGUUUUGCCGCAACAGCUCAAAUCUCAGAAUAGGAUCAAAGGCCUAGAAAGACUCCUAAAAUAUAGGAUUACAAAGACUCCAGGAAGUGUAAGAAAGAGACUGUGUUGGAGUCAGAUUUCAAUGUGCAACCCAUGCCUUAUAUUUACACAGCACUUUGUAGUUUGCAAAUUGGUGUGUUUUCAGCUUCCUCCCGCUGCCCCAUGCUCUGUGUGAGAUGACUGUGGAUUAUUACAGUGAAGUGCCUGGCCCAGAGCCCCAAGUGGUGAAGCGGGAACUUGAGUAUCAGGACUCUCAGCGGCUCUCUGCCCGUUCCCUCCUCUCCCCCCACCUCGCUUCACCUGUUACCUUGUGAAGUUGCUGUUGGCACAUAGCCCACUAGGAAACCAAGAAGUUUGACUUGGAGUGUGUGUUUCAUUGCACUGGGCUCAGCGCAGGGCCGGCCCUGGUGGCUGUUUGGCUAAAUUCUCCAUUUGAAACCUAAGGGGCCCUCUCUGUGCUUGAGCACAGUCUCCUCCUAAUGUUCCUACCUCAACCUGCUGGCGGGCUGUCUAUGGAUUGGGGUUUCACCUAAUCAUGCUGUGUUUCCUUUCUUUUCUUUCUGUACAUUAGACUACUUGGGAGGUGCUGUGUGAUCCUUGGAUGAAAAACAUAUAUUUAAAGAAAUGGAGAGUGUUUAUUUUGUUUGCUUUUUGAGGCAUGUGCUGUCAGAUGUCAGAGACCCAACUUAGUGAUUAGAGGUUGGUCCUUUGACCUUCUUCUCUUAAUUGCUUUUCAUGUAAUCAUGAUAAUUUACUCAGGUAGCACUCCAGUCACAAACAAUGUCGCAGAGACGAAACAGAUUCAAAGAAAAAAUAUUUUUAAGUCUUUUGAAAAGAAGUGCUAUUCACAUUUAAGCCACGUUUAAAUUCAUAGGUACAUUAUCUCUUAGUAAGAAAGACUUUUUUUUUUUUUUAGACAGAGUCUCGCUCUGUUGCCCAGGCUGGAGUGCAGUGGCGCGAUCUCAGCUCACUGCAACCUCUGCCUCCCUGGUUCAAGUGAUUCUCCUGCCUCAGCCUCCCGAGUAGCUGGGACUACACCCGGCUAAUUUUUAUAUUUGUAGUAGAGACCGGGGUUUACCAUGUUGCCCAGGCUGGUUUCAGACUCCUGACCUCAGGUGAUCUGCCUGUCUCUGCCUCCCAAAGUGUGGGGUUACAGGCGUGAGCCACCACACCUGGCCGGAAGACAGUAUUUUGAUAUAGCCACAUACAUGAUUUAAUGAGUAAUGUUAAGUACAGAAAAGCUGCCAUGUCCACAUAGUUUUAGGGGCAUUUCUUCUUCAGUCUAACAAGAAUAUGAUAUCCAGUUGUGGUUUUCCAAUUUAUUUCUCUUCCAAUUUCUUUUGUAUACCUCACAGGAGAAAUUGAAUCCUAGAACUGGGAGAUGACUGCCCUGCCCAGGGUUUUGUAAUACAUAAUUGAAAACAAAAGUCCCCGAAACUAAAUGUUUGCAGCCUGUAUGAAAUGGACUGUGGAAAGGGGAUAAUUUCUCUCCUCACAGAAAGCCACUCGUCUCCUUGAAUGAGACGUUGAGCAGACGCAUGUUUCUCUGUGUCGUGGGGCAGGAAGCAAUUCCCUUGCCUCUUCAGCACAUCUUAAUUCUUUCCCAUGUGACCCCAGAACCACAUAGAAAACAUUGAAAAUGGAUUCUUCAUUGAAAAAAGCUUCAUAUUUCUCUUGCUGUAAGGAGGCUUAACUGCUCUGUAUUUGAUUUUUUUUUUUUUUUUUAACCUUUAGCCCAAAAGGGAAGCGUGCCCCAUGGAAACAGCAAAUGCCGUAAAAUAAAAACCAGGAGUUUUAAUCGCCAUAUAUUUUAAUGUGCUUGCAUGAUGGGAAUGUGACUUUUAGCACUGCAUGGUAUUUGGGGGCAAGAUAUUAAUGUGGAAAUCUUAGCUUAAGUUUUACUGUGCUCUCAUCCUGUGUCAGCUACCCCUCUAAACCGAAAAAGAGGCAUGGCUCAUUUCUCUCCUGCUUUAUGUUUUUGAGGUUGACUUGUAAGAUAAAAAUAAAAUAAAAUAAUAUAUCUAGUCAAAUGACAUGAAAAAACGUUGAAAUAUACUACUGGUGUUCAUUUUUUGUCCUUUGAGUGUUGCUUUCUCAAAGAAAUAAACAUGUGGCUGGGAAGUGUUUAA